AGUUGUGUUGAUUUGAGGUCUGCUUCGAACUCCGCUUGAUUGCUGCAGUGUUCUGUUUACAAAUAUUCAGCGGUCAAUUAGCAUCGGACUUCGAGGAGUACGUAAAGUGGCUAUCGUUGUUUAGAAUUUAGUUUGCUGGUUCCAGGUUGCAGGUUGCAGUGCUAGGUGUUGGUACAUCAGUCAUGGUUUAAGCAAUUGUUGAUGUCAUCUUUUGUACAAAAAGAAAUCUGUUUGCUGUUUAUACUUUGGACAGCUGUUUAAUCCAGAAUGGAGGAGAAAAAAGAUAGUCAGAAACACACUCUAGCUGAGCUUCUCCCCCCACCUGAAACAUCUGCUCCUACUACCACCACCAUUAGUAAGGCAGAUGUUAUCGCACAAAACCCCUUUGAAGACCAGCUCCCAGUCUCAGCAAGACAGUCACCUAGCAUGUCAAAUAUGACCAACAAUAUGCCUAAUAACAUGCAGGGCAAUAUGCCUAAUAACAUGCCAGGUAAUAUGCCUAAUAACAUGCAAGGUAAUAUGCCUAAUAACAUGCAGGGUAAUAUGCCCAAUAACAUGCAGGGAAAUAUGCCCAAUAACAUGCCAGGUAAUAUGCCCAAUAACAUGCAGGGAAACAUGCCAGGUAAUAUGCAGGGUAAUAUGCCUAAUAACAUGCAGGGCAACAUGCCUAAUAACAUGCAGGGUAAUAUGCCCAAUAACAUGCAGGGUAAUAUGCCUAAUAACAUGCAGGGCGGUAUGCCUAAUAACAUGCAGGGUGGUAUGCCCAAUAACAUGCAGGGCAACAUGGGUAAUAUGAACAAUAUGAAUAAACAAGGACAUGGAACAGGAAUGCCUCCACAAGGACCAGGCUCAGGCAAGAUGUAUCCACCCAAUCAACCAAUGGUAUUCAAUCCCUCCAAUCCCAACGCACCACCGAUUUACCCAUGUGGUAUAUGUCACAAGGAGGUUCAUGACAAUGACCAGGCAAUACUGUGUGAGAGUGGAUGUAACUUUUGGUUUCACAGGAUCUGCACCGGACUCACUGAUCCAGCAUUUACCAUGUUGAAGGCUGAAGUGUAUGCAGAAUGGGUCUGUGACAAAUGCUUGUCUACAAAGAAUAUACCUCUUGUUAAGUUAAAACCAUAAAGAUCUGAAAACUGUUUUCAUUUACUCGACUGUUUAAGGUGGGCUCAUCUCUAUGGCAUAGUGAUAAGUGGUUUGUGUGAAUUCGGAAGCUGUCUGUGAAGAUGAUGUUAUCCAGCUGGUCCAUGGAGUAAACUUGAUUACCAGUUAAUGUCACAAUCCUAGGACACAAUACAUCAAUGUUGUAUCAGUAUACCAUAUAUACAUCAAUGAGAUUUUCAUCCCCCUCGUUUAAAAUUCAAUCAACCAGUUUGAACUUGGAAACCAUGUUCAACCAUUUAUCACCAUGCUUAUCAAUCUGUAUGGUAGUGAUGGUGCAUUCUGGGGUGACAUGGUCUGUUUCAAGUAAAAUGAGAACCCAUCAUCUUUGGGAUGACUGUUUAUUGUUAGGAUAUCAAAUAUCCUUGUCACAGUGUUACAUUUCUUGCUGUUCCUAACUUAAAGAGGUGAGUCCACCACAAUUCAUGCUCCAUACCAGUCAUUUUCAUGUCAUACAGAUGCAUUUCAAUGAAUUUAUCAUCCACUAAAUCAUCCUUUACACCAAUAUAUGUUCAAAAUGAAGAGAUUCACAGAGAUUGAGAUAUGUAAAAACAGCUCCAGAUUAGUGAAUGUCUGUUUUGGCUUGUUGUUUCAGCCUUUCUUCAGUGUUAAUGACAAAUCUUUGAAUAGGCAUGAACAUGUUUGAUACAUAAUGAUGCUGCUUUAUGGCUGUUGCGACCGUUCGUUGUGCGUAGGUGUGAAACUUUUCAGAGGAUGUUCAUCAGCUGAUGAAGGAUUACGCACAUACUUGAAACUUGAUUCCUAAUUUCAAAUCAUUUUCUCUCCUGUGAGCAGUACAUUCUUUGUUUUGAACACCUAGGUAUUAUCAUGAACUCCUGAGGCUGUUCAUGAUGUAGAGGGGCGGUCAGGUAGCCUAGCGGUUAAAGCGUUCACUCGUCAUGCCGAAGACCCGGGUCCGAUUCCCGACCUAGGUACAAUGUGUGAAGCCCAUUUCUGGUGUACCCCGCCAUGAUAUUGCUGGAAUAUUGCUAAAAGCGGUGUAAAACCUUACUCACUCACUCACUCACUCACCCAUGAUGUAGACUGUUGAUCAUACUCAAUCCCCUUAAAUUAAAUGGCAAGUGACUUACAUAUGUCUUUUUCAUCUGAUUUGUGUUUAGUAAUUUGGUAGAAGUGUAGUUUGUUCAUGUUUGUUGUGUUUAGUUUGUGAACCAGACAUGAGAAUUUCUGUUUAUAUUCAAAAACAUGUGUCUAGAUUUGGUACUUGACUAACACAGCACACUUUAUUCAUAAGUUGUCUUGUCUUCAAUUGCUUCUCUCAUGGUUGUGUUAACAUUCUAACAUACAGAAUAUUGUAUUACAGACUUGUCUGAUACUCUACAUGUAUUUGUAAAAGAAUAUAAAGGCAUUAAUUCUGAAA